AUGACAUUUGUCAGUUUGAAACUGAUGAGCAUCUCCGCAAUUACUUUUACGAACAAGUGCCCCUUCACCGUGUGGCCAGGAACCCUAACCGGAGCUCCCAACCCUCCAUUGUCUACGACCGGAUUCGGGUUGGCGAGCGGAGCAACUAGCUCAGUAGACGUGCCUUCUCCGUGGUCGGAUCGCUUUUGGGCUCGGACCAGAUGCUCUAGUACCUCCGGAAAAUUUGUUUGUGCCACCGCAGACUGUGGCUCCGGUCAAGUCAGCUGCAAUGGCGAGGGGGCAAUCCCACCGGCAACGUUGAUAGAACUCACGGUGGCAGCGACCGGUGGACAACAUUUCUAUGACGCGAGCAAUGUAGACGGGUUCAACUUGACCGUGUCCAUAGCCCCACAAGGCGGCACCGGAGGUUGCAAAGUCUCAAGUGUCCGGCGAACAUCAACAGGGUGUGCCCGGAUCCACUAA